AUGCAAGUUCCUAAUGGGCUUACUUGGUCCAUGAGGAAAAUUUGGGCAAAUAGAGAAGUGUUUGUGGAUUCUGGGGAUAUUGGUCAGUUCAUCACUCAUGGAAAAUACAGCAUUCAAAAGAUGUAUCUUCACUUGAGGCAAAAUGCAACUGCAGUUAGUUGGAAGAGAAUUAUAUGUAACAGUAAAGCUAGUCCAAAAGCCACAUUUAUUGUCUGGCUAGCCCUUCAGAACAGAUUAGCUACUAAAGAGAGAUUGCUAAAAUGGAAUAUGCAGAUUGAUGGUGGCUGUGUCAGUUGUCAGACACAGGUUGAAACACUGGAACACUUAUUUUUUGAGUGUGCUUUCUCAAAAAGGGUGUGGAGUUCUGUGUUGAGCAAAAUUGGAGUAGACAGAACAAUUCAGACCUGGCAAGGAGAGGUUGAUUGGGCAGCAAAGAAGAGCAGAGGUACAAAGCCAAGGGACAAAAUCUGCAAUAUGGCAUUUGUGGAAACAGUUUACAAUAUCUGGCUGCAAAGAAACUCUAAAGUUUUUAAAAACAGUAUUGAUUCUGUUGAUGUAAUUAGCUCUAGGAUUGUUUUCCUUAUUGCUUGUAGAUGUGAUGAUCAGAUGAGGAAGUGUUUGGUUUGA